UUAGUACACAGAAUGGCAAACACGGGAGUUUUGCCGUUCGUUCGCGGUGUUGAUUUCACCAAAAAUGACUUCAGUGAUGGGAAGUUUCCAGCAGCUCUGCGGCUCAUGACUGGGGUGCAAUGGCUCAAAUUGGACAAGACGAACAUAUCGGAGAUUGCCGAGGAGAUGGGGAAGCUGGGAAAGCUGGAACACCUGUCCAUGAAGAACAACGACCUGGAGAAGUUGUUUGGCGAAUUGACAGAGCUAAAUUCCCUGCGCUCUCUGAAUCUGAGGCACAACAGAGUGAAGAGUUCAGGAAUUCCAACGGAACUCUUUCAGCUGGAGGAACUCACAACGCUGGAUUUGUCGCACAAUAAACUGAAAGAAAUCCCCGAUGGGUUGGAAAAGGCAAAAAAUCUUCUUGUCCUCAAUUUAAGUCACAAUCAAAUUGAUAGCAUUCCCACGGCGUUAUUCAUUCACCUGACGGAUCUACUCUUCCUCGACUUGUCGCACAAUAAAUUGGAAACGCUUCCCCCGCAAACACGCCGCCUGGCCAAUCUUCAGACUCUCAUCCUCAGCGACAAUCCCCUGGAAGUUUUCCAGCUGCGUCAAUUGCCCUCGUUGCAGAGCCUGGAAGUGCUCCAUAUGCGCAAUACCCAGAGGAAUUUGCAAAACUUCCCCACAUCACUGGAUACCCUGGCAAAUCUGGCGGAAUUGGAUUUAGCACAGAAUUCUCUAGCUCGUGUCCCGGAUUGCCUAUUCAAUCUCCCCAAUCUUCGUCGUUUGAACCUCAGUGAGAAUGAGAUUACCGAACUCUCCGCGAGUAUUGAUUGCUGGACAAAAUUGGAGACACUCAAUUUGUCUCGGAAUCAACUGACAGCCCUUCCGGCAACUCUAGUCAAACUCUCCCAACUCCGGAGGCUCUAUUUGAAUGACAAUCAAUUGGAUUUCGAUGGAAUCCCAUCGGGUAUUGGGAAGUUGAGCUGCCUGGAAGUUUUCUCGGCAUCCAAUAAUCUCCUCGAGAUGAUUCCCGAGGGGCUCUGUCGCUGUGGAUCACUUAAGAAGCUCAAUCUCAGCUCCAAUAAACUCAUCACCCUUCCGGAUGCAAUUUACCUGUGCUCUGAUCUCGAUCAGUUGGAUCUGAGGAAUAAUCCGGACUUGAUAAUGCCCCCAAAGCCCAUGGAGAUGCAAAAGGGAGCUGGAAUUGAAUUCUACAACAUUGAUUUCUCGCUGCAGCAUCAGCUACGGCUGGCAGGAGCUACCGUACCGCCGGCAGCUCAAACAUCCGGAGCUCCUAGCAAGGAUCCCAUUGCACGGAAGUUGCGACUGAGGCGUGGAGCAAGACCCGAAGUGGGGCAGGCAGACUCCGCGAAAGUUCUCAAGGGCAUGAAAGAUAUUGCCGAUGAGAAGAAUGCGAAGAAUUGGGAGGAGGAGCGCACGGAGAGUUUGAAACCCAAGCGAUGGGAUGAGAGUUUGGAGAAGCCCCCGCUUGACUACUCGGAAUUCUUCGAGGAUGAAGAUGGACAAAUUCCCGGGUUGACAAUUUGGGAAAUUGAGAAUUUCCUUCCGAAUAAAAUUGAAGAAAUCGCCCAUGGGAAGUUCUACGAGGGAGAUUGCUAUAUUGUCCUCAAGACGAGUCUGGAUGACGUUGGGCAGCUCACGUGGGAAAUCUACUUCUGGAUUGGCAAUUUGGCAUCACUGGACAAGAGGGCAUGUGCUGCAAUUCAUGCUGUUAAUCUCCGGAAUUACCUGGGGGCGAGAUGCCGGACAGUGCGGGAAGAGCAAGCGGAUGAAUCUGAGGAAUUUCUCGCACUUUUUGACACGGAAAUUAGCUACAUUGAGGGUGGGAGGACAUCAACGGGAUUCUUCACAAUUGAGGAUGUUGUCUACGUUGUCCGGCUGUAUCGGGUUCAUGCAGCAGGGGCGUCAAUUCAUCUAGAACCAGUUGCCAUUGCCUUUGAGUCCUUGGAUCCAAGGUACGUCUUUUUCCUGGACACGGGGCUGAAGAUCUUCAUCUGGCAUGGGAGGAAGUCAAAGAAUACCCUGAAAUCCAAAUCACGUCUCCUUGGGGAGAAGGUGAAUAAGAAUGAACGGAAGAAUCGAACAGAGAUCUGUGUGGAGCUUCAGGGUGAAGAGAAUCCGGACUUCUGGAAGGCACUGGGGUGCAAAGAUGGUGUGAGACCACCAGGAAAAAUCCUCGAGCAUGUCGAUGAGAACUUCACGCCGGUUCUGCCGCGUUUGUAUCAAGUUCAGCUGGGUAUGGGUUACCUGGAGUUGCCACAGGUGGAGAUUCCGGAGCAGAAGAUGGUGCACACACUGCUGCAGAGCAAGAAUGUCUACAUCCUCGAUUGCUAUGGGGAUCUAUUUGUGUGGUUCGGGAAGAAAUCCACAAGACUCGUCCGGGCGGCUGCUAUAAAACUUUCGCAGGAGUUGUUCAGCAUGAUCCAUCGACCUGAGCAUGCGCUGGUGACACGUGUGCAGGAGGGCACGGAGACGCAGGUGUUCAAGUCCAAAUUCAUUGGGUGGGAUGAAAUUAUUGCGGUUGAUUUCACACGAACAGCCCAAUCGGUGGCAAAGACAGGAGCUGAUUUGACCAAAUGGGCCAAGAAGCAGGACACAAAGGCCGAUUUGGCGGCUCUAUUUAUGCCCCGUCAAGCUGCUAUGACCCUCACGGAGGCCACCCAGCUGGAAGAAGAUUGGAAUUACGAUCUCGAGGCAAUGGAGUCAUUUGUGUUGGAAAAUAAGAAAUUCGUCCGGCUGCCAGAGGAGGAAUUGGGGCACUUCUACACGGAGGAGUGCUACGUUUUCCUCUGUCGCUACUGCGUACCCGGAGAUGAGGAUGAUGAUGCCGUUGCGGAGAAUGUGCCACCGCCUGAGGAUGAGAUUCAGUGUGUUGUGUACUUUUGGCAGGGACGCAAUGCCGGCAAUAUGGGUUGGCUCACGUUCACUUUCACGCUCCAGAAGAAGUUUAAGGCGAUGUUUGGGGAGGAGCUCGAAGUGGUGCGGAUUCAUCAGCAGCAGGAGAACCUCAAGUUCAUGGCGCACUUCAAGCGGAAGUUUAUCAUUCACUAUGGGCGCCGGAAGGUGAAGCAGGUGACACCCGAUGGGAAGGCAGCUGUUCGAUUCUAUCAUUUACGCAGCAAUGGGAGUGCUCUCUGUACGAGACUCAUUCAAAUCCGCCCGGAUGCUUCACAUCUCAAUUCUGCCUUUUGCUACAUCCUCUAUGUGCCAUUUGAGACGGAAGAUGAGUCAGAGAGUGGGAUUGUCUAUGCGUGGAUUGGCUCCAAAGCUGCAGCGGAGGAAGCAAAAUUAAUUCAGGACAUUGCUGAGGAUAUUUUCAACAAUCCCUGGGUGAGUCUGCAGGUGCUCAAUGAGGGUGAGGAACCGGAGAACUUCUUCUGGGUAGCUCUGGGCGGGAGGAAGCCCUAUGAAACUGAUGCGAAUUUCAUGGAAUACACGAGACUCUUCCGGUGUUCCAAUGAAAAGGGCUACUUUACUGUGGCAGAGAAGUGUUCGGACUUUUGUCAGGAUGAUCUGGCGGAUGAUGACAUCAUGAUUCUCGAUAAUGGUGAACAGGUCUUCCUCUGGCUUGGGGCAAGGUGCAGUGAAGUUGAGAUCAAGCUGGCCUACAAAUCUGCGCAGGUUUAUAUUCAGCACAUGAGGAUUAAACAGCCCGAACGUCCCCGGAAACUCUUCCUGACGCUCAAAAAUAAGGAAUCCAAGAGAUUCACAAAAUGCUUCCAUGGAUGGAGUGAGCACAAAAAGCCCCCGGAAUAGGUUUGUCACCCAUCCCGCCCCCGCAUUAUACGACAAACUUAUAUUUUUCGUAUAAUUAUAAUUAUUUUAUUAUUGAACUAACAUGUGCAAUUUUGUAUUUAACAAUUUGGUAGAGAAAGAGAGUAUAAUGCAUCCUGUCUACUUUCUAUUUAAAAAUUUUUAAUUACAAUAAACAAAAGCAACGAAUGCCUGGUA